UAAAUUUUUGACUCAAGUUUGCCCAAAUAUGAAUGUAUCUAUUCUUAAAAAGCGUUUAGAUAUAUGUAAUAUUUCAACAACAAUUUAGGAUCGGAGGGAGUAGAAAACAUCCCUGUUGCUUUGUAGUUUUGCUGCCAGAGGAAUUGGUUAAUUCUUUCCUCUCUCCCAUGCAUUCCCCUUGUAAUUUGUAAACCCUGUACUAUUUGUGCAUUUUUGACCCUUAGAGUGAAAAUUGCAUCGCGAAAUUGCUUUGGCUUGCUGCCUUGUUUGAUUAGGUAGAUUUGUAUUGCAAACACUAGUACCUGAAAUGAAAAUACCAUCCUCGUGUAGAAUUACUGCAUGGAUGGAUGGGAUGGGAGAGGAUUAAGUACGACGCACCCUCCUGUACGAUGACUAUAUUUUAAUGAAGAGGGCUCGGGUCUGUCUAUACCUCUAUCGAUCCAUGCAUCUCUGUGUGUAUAUAUAGGACAGAAUAGGCAUGGGCUAUGAGAACAAAGCAGCAGCAGCAAUCAGCUAGGUAGCGAGUGGAAACAUUGGUCUUCAGAGGGAGCGCUCUAGCUAGGAAGAUCCAAGUCCUCGUUCGUCGCAAUGCCUCUCCCAGGAUUGAAAGUGACCCAUGAUCCUUGGGCACCGAGAAACGUGGGGCAAAAAGGCUGGGUCGGAGACGAGGUGCUGCUGGUUCUCGAAGCCCCUAAAGUUACGAAAAUGGAUCCCAGAGCCCCAGUGGACCUGGUGUUUGUGCUGGACAUCAGCGGAAGCAUGGGGGAGGAAGAUAAGCUCGUGAAGAUGAAAGGCUUCCUGGACCAUGUCUUGGAUAACUGGAUCAAAAUUCGUCACCACGUCGGCAUCGUCACCUUCAAUGACCAAGUUAAUGUGCUCUGCCCCAUUACUCGUAUGACUGCUGACAACAUUAAUACGAUGAAGGGCAAGGUCAAACGGCUUAGUGCUGAUAGCGGGACCAAUAUAGAGGGUGGCCUCAGGGAGGCCGUCAAGCUCCUCCGCAACAAUGAAAGUUCAGGCCACGGCGGCGUGAUCGUUCUCUUGUCCGAUGGGGAUGAGAACAUAGGGAAUGCUGCAAGUGUUGAUGUGGAGAAUAUCUGGGUUGAAACGUUUGGUUAUGGCAAGCAGCACAAUGCAAAGUUGCUCUCAGAUAUAUCAAAUUCAAGUCAUGAUGGCGGGUACAAUCCUGCUCUCGAGCCGCACGCACUGACCACGGCGUUCUCCCCGCCCUUCUUCGUCAUCGGGAGGAACGUCAUCAGGGACCUGGACCUGACUCUGGAGCAGGAGCCAACAAUGGACGUCUCCAAUUUAGUAGAUCCCAACAGCAAGCGCAAGCUCAACCGCAACCGCAAGGAGCAGAUCACGUCUAGUGCCAAGAAAGUCAUCCAUAUCGGCUCUCUCUUCAGCGAGCAGGUCUACAGGGUCACUGUUUCUUGGCCGAUCACGGGCACUGCAACUGCCAUGACAGUCAAUUGGACAUACAAGGACCCGACCGCCGCUAAUCCAAACGAGCCGAUUCAUGGGACGCCAGUGGUGGUACCUCCAUCGCCGAGCGCCUCCCCAGCCACCGCCUCGCCCCCAUCGCCGCGCGUCGCCACGAGCUCGCCGCCGUGCUCCUUCUCCGGCGGAGGUGCCAGAGAAGAUCCUAGCGAAGACACCCCACUAUAGGAGCCACGGGUCGGCGUUGCCGAUCUCGGGCUUGACAUGGAGCCAGGAGAAAUGGCAGCGGGGAGGCGAUGCUUGGGGGCGAGGCGGUACGGGACAGAGAGAACGAUGACGGGGAGCUCGGCGGCUGCGUGGAGGCAGUAGACGUGCAAGGACGGCUGCACGUCGGAGCGGAUGUAGCAACCCCGUCCGUGGAAGUACACGAGCACCGACGGCCGCAUGUUUUUUUGCGUUCAUUAGGUACGACCAUUUGUGUGCAUGGUAAGUGUCAAUUUGUGUUCACUAAAGAUGUCAAUUUGUGUGCAUCAUCGGUGACAAUUUGUGUUCAUUAAGAAUGGCAAAUUGUAUGCAUUAUUGGUAGCAAUUUGUGUCUAUUAGGGACAUCAAGAAAAUAGCCUUUGUGUAGGGUCGUUUUAAAUGGAGGUUGUCACUCAAUUUAGAGUGGGGGGAGAUGUGAGAUGCAGUGGAGGUGUGGAAAUUUGUGCUCA